GAACAAAAAUGGCGAAUACCUGCUUAAUCCUGCUUCUGCUAUUGGUUAUUUUUGUUACCGUCGGAUUUUCGAUGCCCCGAAUCUUCAGAGCAUCGGAAAAUGGGGUCAACAGCUCCGAUGAAGUCUCAGAAGAAUUGAGCUACUCACCGGAAGAAGCCAUGGACUUGGUGAAACAGGUCAUUAAAGUAAGGGAACAACGUCGUCACCGUCGUCAUCGCCAUCAUGGCCAGAAGCAUUGUGGAACAAAGAUUGUGAGAAAGCUUCAGAUGCUUUGCCCAAAAAUGUGCACAAUUUCUGAUGAUACUCUCCUCACUGAAAUGUGCUCACAUAGCCUCUUCGACGACGAAAUCCAGCUUCGUUGCUGUCCAAAGGAGGAUGAGUAGAACCUAUUGUUGUGGAAGAUGUGUAACUCAAAAUAGUCAUAAUAUACCAAUCUACCUCUAACUUAUUGAACACAAAUCUCAGAAAAUGUGCAGUAUUUCGUUAUAUAUUCCAUUGAAUAAAUGUUUAUUUUUUCGAAA